AUGGAUAAACUUUUAACAACUUUGUUACUCACAUCAAUCUUGUUUUCUACUACUUAUGCUCAGAAUCACAACUGCUCAUCUUUUGCAUUCAGAAAUAACCAGAUUUUUGCAACUUGCAUUCCUCUACCUGUACUAAACUCUGUUCUUCACUGGACUUACUAUCCAAAUAACCACACAGUUGAUCUUGCUUACAGACAUGGAGGUGUACCAAAUACAGAUUGGGUAGCUUGGGGUUUAAAUAUUGAUGGAACAAUGAUGGUUGGUUCACAAUGUUUAGUUGCAUUUAGAAAUUCUAGUGGAGAAAUUCAUGCUUACACUUCCCCUGUUUCUAGUUAUAGUACUCAGUUAGCAGAGGGGGCUUUGAGUUUCAAUGUUCCGAGAAUUGGAGCUGAGUAUUCGAAUAAUGAGUAUAUAAUUUUUGCAACUUUGGAACUUCCUGCUGGAAGGACUAGUUUUAGUCAAGCUUGGCAAAAUGGUGGAGUUUCUGGCCAGGUUUUAACAGCUCAUGCUAUGUCUGGUGAUAAUCUGAGGUCUAUUGGAAGUGUUGAUUUUGCAAAUGGUUUAUAA